UUCCUAAUCCACUCAUCCACUCUCAAAUCAAUUUCUUUCCAACUACUAAUUAACCAAGUGAAAAAUCACUAUUAAUUAUUCAUGACUACUCAAUCAACUUCCUUAAUGGCACCAUCAUCGCCGGUCACGAUUCAACGAUCACCGUGGCAUUCGCCGGUUCCAUACCUAUUUGGAGGCCUGGCUGCCAUGUUGGGCCUCAUUGCUUUCGCUCUUUUAAUCCUUGCGUGCUCUUAUUGGAAGCUCUCGGGUGACGUAGAAAGAGACCUCGAGGCUGGCCAAGGAGAAGGAGACGGCGACACUAAACCGGUUAGUCACAAAGAGUCUCAUGUUUUUGAAGAGAAAUAUUUGGUAAUUAUGGCGGGACAAGUGAACCCAACUUUUUUGGCAACACCAAUUUCGAGUAGAACGUCGUCUUUUGGUAGUUGUAGUUGUCAGAGUGACUCGACGAUGUCUACAGAGACAUCGUCGGUGUCAGAUGAGGAAAAACAAAGAAGUCGUGAUCAAAUACAAGUCCCGAUUGAUGAAAAUCAUGACACCCCUCAUCAACUACCUUAAAAUUAUCUUUCAUACACAAGGAGUUGAUUAAUUAGUAGAUGGUUACGUAACAUGGAUUUAGAUGGGAUGAAUUGAAGAUCUAUACAAGAUCAAAAGAAAGUGUACAAGAACAUUCAGCAACUCUAUAUAUAAAUAACUAUCGGGCCUAAUACAAAAUCUUUUAUGUGAGAGGUGGGAUGUAAACAGUUUUACCUAUACUCAAAGGUAAAUAGACCACCGCUUCUAGAAAAACUUUUGGCAUUCAAGGUGAUGAUCGAAUUCUUAAUCUAUAAACGCAAUGACUGAUUCAAACUAAUGAUGGCGGUUAAUCUGGAGAAGGGAUUGUCAUUCAGGAAUUCUUGAAGUCAAUAUAGCAAUGCUCAUGAUUGAGCGCUGGUGAUUGCAAAUGCAUAGCAGUUAGUGUAUGGAAUUUUGUAGACAAUCAUUGAACGCACCAUCUCAUCUUUUUUGAGAAUGAAAGCAAUUUUCAAUUUUCCGCAUAUUUUAAUUUUUUUUCACCUAUAUAGAGUGGUUAAAUAGAUAGAUUGAUUUUGAUUGAUA